UGGGCCGCGGGCUCGGCCGCCGCCUGUCAGCUGGUGCUCACCACCAUGCAUCGCUCGCUUAUCGGCGUCGACAAGUUUCUGGGCCAGGCCACCGUGGCGCUGGACGAGGUCUUCGGCGCUGGCCGCGCCCAGCACACGCAGUGGUACAAGCUGCAUUCCAAGGCAGGCAAAAAGGAGAAGGAACGUGGAGAGAUCCAAGUCACCAUCCAGUUCACUCGAAACAAUUUGAGCGCCAGCAUGUUUGACCUGUCCAUAAAGGAUAAGCCACGGUCCCCCUUCAGCAAGCUCAAGGACAAAAUGAAGGGGAAGAAGAAGUAUGACCUGGAAUCUGCCUCUGCCAUCCUCCCAAGCAGUGCCCUAGAGGAUCCCGAGCUGGGCAGCCUGGGCAAGAUGGGCAAAGCGAAAGGCUUCUUCCUUCGCAACAAACUGCGCAAGUCAUCUCUGACUCAGUCCAACACCUCGCUGGGCUCAGACAGCACCUUGUCCUCGGCUAGCGGGAGCCUGGCCUACCAGGGCCCUGGCGCUGAGCUCCUCACCCGCUCACCGAGCCGCAGCAGCUGGCUGUCCAGUGAAGGGGGCAGGGAUUCUACACAGUCCCCCAAGUUGCUUACCCAUAAGAGGACCUACAGUGAUGAAGCCAGCCAGCUGCAUGCGGCCCCUACUCGGGCCCUUCUUGACUUCCAAGGCCACCUCGAUGCUGGCCCUCGCUCUUCCCUCUGUGUCAAUGGGAGCCACAUUUACAAUGAAGAGCCCCAAGCCCCUGUACGGCACCGCAGUUCCAUUUCUGGCCCAUUUCCUCCCUCCAGCUCCCUUCACAGUGUCUCUUCCCGGCCCCCUGAGGAGGGGUCUCGGUCCUCAGAUGACUCUUGGGGAAGAGGCAGCCAAGAAGCUGGCAGUUCGUCAGAAGUGGUGCCUGGACCGGAGGAGCUGAGCACUCAGGCCAAAGCACCAGCCAGGGAGCAGCGGGCCCAGCCCCUGGAGGGAAAGCCUGUCCAGGUUGCCACACCCAUACCUGUCUCUUCUGAGACUAUGGUAGAGAAGGAGGGAGCUCGGAAGGAGGAGCGUAAGCCCCGGAUGGGUCUCUUCCACCAUCAUCAUCAGGGCCUGAGUUGGAGCGAGUUGGGGCGCCGUGGCUCUGUGGGGGAGAAGGGUGGUCCCACACUAGGGGCCUCCCCCCAGCAUUUGUCCAGUGGGGAGGAAAAGGCCAAGAGUAGCUGGUUUGGCCUGAGAGAAUCCAAGGAAUCAACUCAGAAACCCAGCCUGGACGUGUCUCCUCAGGUAGAAUCUGACCCAGCUGCUGCUCCUCACCACCUCCCCUGCUCCCCUUGGGCCCAACCUACUCCUGUUCCCACUGCUGCUCCCAUGCUAAGCACUAACCUUUUUGCAGCUGCCUCCCCUGCUGCUGCCACUGCUGCUGCUGCCACCACCACCACCACCACCACCAUCCCCGAAGCCACCCUGUCUGGAUUCUUGGGUGUCACCAACCCAUUCCUCACCUCCUUGCAGAGCAACCCUUUCUUUGAGGAGCUCGUAGCCAACAUAGCACUAAACUCUCCUUCACCUGCUCCCUUUCUCCCCAGUGCCUCGAAGGCCAGCCCCGCCCCCCUGGCCUCCCCUGGGAGAGCCUUGCCUGAGUGGGACGACACCUUCAACGUCUUUGCUGCUGAUAGGCUACAUCCAGAGGCCAGGAGCAAGAUCCUGGCCCCAGCAGAAGUGGGGCUGGAGGCAGCUGGGCUGCAAGACUCAGGCCCAGGGGCCGUGGCAGUGAAGGCAACUGAGCCCCAAGGAGACCCUGGGGGAGGAAGCGGUGGGAGCAGCAUGUGGUCAGAGCCCAGGACUCCUCUGGACUUAGGACUGGACCAGCAGAACACGAGUGCAUCUGACCUGAGGCCCCUUGGGUCGGCAGGGACUGCCCUGCCCCCUGAGCUGCAUUUGCAAGCACGAGACAGGGAGCCACUGGCCCCAGAGGGUGGAGCUGGGCAGAGUCCAGCAGAUAGCGGGAAGUCUCUGUUCAGCUCCCCAGAAUUGAUCAGUGCUUGGGAGCAGCUGCCUGGUUUGGAUGACACCCCUGAGGGCCAGGACACAGAGGCCCCCCAAAGAGAAAGCCAGCUUUUGCACGCGCUCAGUACAGCUGAUGAUUCCUGGCCUUGGGAUGUGGUCACCAUUUCUCCUGCAGCUGAGAUGGCCUCACCAGUCCUGCGGGAAGACUCUGAUGAGCUGCCUGCUCCUCAGGCACUACCAGAAUCACCUCAAACUGUGAAACCUGAACGGAGCGAGGGCAUUUCCCCAGUGGAGCUGGAGCUUAAACAUGAGUUGGGGUCGGACGAGGGGCUGCAGUCCAGCACACCGCCUCCCAAGCCACCACGCCUCUUCAUGCUCUCAAACUCUCAGGUGGAGGAAGAGGAAGAUAUAGUUGCAGAGAGGCUGAGUAACCAGGGAUCGCAGACAGAAGAUGCCACCACAAGUGCUCUAUUUGUUGGUCCUCGGGAAGCCAAGGAAGAGAACGAGAAACCUGAGUCUGAGGAGUCGGACAGCCGAUCUUCUGGGACCUUGCUGGGUGAGCCAGGCCUAGAGGAGCUGGUAGAUGAUGCCAGCCCCACUGAAUCCAGGGCCUGCCUGACUGUGCCCACCAGCUUCCCUGAGGGGCCUGUGCCCAUACUCUGUAACUCAGCAAGUUCAGCUCUUCCAAAUCAGCAGAGCUGGGGGGCUCCAGAGAGAGGUCUGGAGGCCCAGAGCCAGGAGCCGUUAGAAGAGGCCCUUGCUCUAUCAGACACCCUUCAGCAGGCUGAUCUGUGGGCCUUGGAGGAGGAUGCCUUGAGCCCCUUUUCUCAGGGGAGUCAAGAUCCCCCUAGCCUUCCAUCCACAUCUCCGCCAGGGUCCAGGGAAUCUUCCAUCCACUCUGGUCCAGAAGAGCUACCCACGCCCCCAGAGCCUACCUUUCCACCACCCCCUCUCCCGCCCUGGGCCAGCCACCGCCAUGGAGGCCCUGGCUCUCCAUGCUCUCCCCUUUCUGGAGCCUGGCCCCUGACCUCUUCCUCCCCACCUCCAGGGGAGCCAGACUCACUCCCUGGCUCCUUUGAGCCCUCCCCUGCUGAAGGCUCCCCUGUCUCACUCGGGGAAGACCACGCUGCAGCCACCCCAGCCUCCCUGCUUGUGCUUCUGCCCUUGGAGACACGACCAGCUGAAGAGCCACAGCCCAUUACCAGUCCCCACCCUGUGAAGCCCCUCAGUGCAACCCCUGUGGAAGGCAGCCCUGACAGGAAGCAGCCCCGCUCCAGUCUGAGCACAGCCCUGAGCAGUGGGCUGGAGAAGCUCAAGACAGUCACCUCUGGCAGCAUUCAGCCCGUGGCCCUGGCACCCCAGCUUGGCCAGACUGUGGACACCAAGAGUCUGAAGGACUCUGCUAUGCCAGACCAGUCGGCCAAGUACUACCACUUGACACAUGAUGAGCUCAUCAGCCUGCUCCUGCAGCGUGAACGUGAGCUGAGCCAGCGGGAUGAGCAUGUACAGGAGCUAGAGAGCUACAUUGACCGGCUGCUGGUGCGGAUCAUGGAGACCUCACCCACACUGCUGCAGAUCCCUCCUGGUCCCCCCAAGUAGCCACCCCACCACCCACCCCCAUCCCUGAAGGGUUGGUGAGGACUUGCUGCACAGACAAGGCCUGCCUGCCUACCUGUCCUCCUUUCCACUGAGCACACUCCCCUGGGCAGGGUACAGCCUGUCCUUGUGGUCACUCCCUGCCCCCCUGCUUUUGCCUCUCUGAAGUGGUCCCCGGGUCUCUCACUGGAGGCAUCAAGUUCCAUGUACAACUUGUGUGUCUGUGGGGACCCUAGGUCUUUCCCACCUGCCUCUUUUCCUGUCCCUUAGCUUUGGGGGCUCUGGGGAAUUGGAACACAGAAGUUAGUCCUCAAGACAAGCAGGAGUUGGCUACAGUUUGGUGUGUCUGAGAGAAGCUAUUGCACAGAUUUAUUACUCUCCAAGGUUGGUCUGCCAUUCCUUCCCAUGGCAAUCCCUCAUCCUCUUCAGAUUCCUGGAGGGAAUCUGGUAUUACUUGGACUGGGACAGGGACCAAUCUGACCAUUUGUCCAAGUUAUUGGCAACCCCGGUGCCUACUCUUCAGCCUUGUGUUCUUCCCCUGAGAGCAGGGGCCUAUGUGGUCCAGUCUAGUUUUCACCAUGUCCGGAGUCUGUUUCUGCCUUGAGCUAUUGCAGAGUGAGUGCAACGUAGAAGGAGGUGGUGAUGUGUGUUGUCCAGGCUGCUCCCUGACCCUCUUCAGACCUUCCCACUGGGUGUCACUGGUGAGUGUGAAGGUAGGGCUGGGUCAGGAGAGAGCUCCUCCUUGCUCUUCUGGUUCCUACUCAUCUCUAAUGUAUGGGCCCCACCAGGUCAGGGCUUUAGGCUGCUUAUGUUUUUGGGAUCAAGCCUCCAUGUCUGUUCUUGUUUCCUGUCCAGAUGCCAAAACUCUGUGCUCCUGCAGCGUUUGAACUUUGGGAAAUCAAUUAAAAUGUGCCUUUUGUGGGUGAGGUCAAGAGCCUCUGGAUGUAGAUCUCUCCCCGGCGUGGCAUCCCCCUCCCUCCUGUUGAGCACACAGGUAUCCCUGUCAGGGUCCUAGGAAGGGAGUGGAGGUCGAACAGCCAUGCUGUGUGUUCUUCCCCUCCUGAGAGUAUCUCAGCUAAGGGCCAAGCUGCUGCUACUAAUCUUCCUGCUGUCUUCCCCUCUUCUUCAACCCCAUUUGGAUGAUUCUAGGAUAAAAAGCUCUGGUGAGCUAUAGGUCUGGGGCCACCCUGCUCACUAGCCUGGCCUCAGGACUCAGCCAUGCUGGAGCAGUUGGCUGUUCUGGAAGUGGGAGGCCUCGCUAUGCCUUAGGAGACUCCUGUACUCCUUUGCUACUCUCCCACCCAUCCACUAACCUGCUGUAUCAGCCCAUCCCAUCUGCCUUUCCUGGUUUGGCUACAGUGCACUUUGAAAUGAAGCAUCUGUCCUUUGGCCUAGCCCCUGGUUUGCUUGUGGAAAAUAUGGCAGGUUUCCCCACAACAUCUGCAGGGAUCUUUUGAUAGCUUGGGCACCCUGUAUUAGCAAAAGAUGGGGAGUGAGAGCAUGCCAAAGGAUACUUUUAGCCCAGUGAAGGGGAAGAGCUCCUCUGGCUUUUUCUCCCAUGGGCUUGCUCAGAAGGCCUUAGAGUGCAUUCUGUUGGUUUUGGCAGUCCUCUGCCAUGCCAGGAUGGAGUGGAGGGGCCCUGUACGUGGGGGAAAGCCUCUGCAGAUUUGCCUACCUUAAAGUCACUCACCAGAGCUGGGAAAUGUAUCCAUAGGUGCCCAGAUCUUCAGUCACAUUUUUGAAGGGUUGUUGAAGAUGGGAGAGAUGACUUUUUUGAGGGGGUGGGGGCUAUUCCCCUACUAGAUGCUCUGGGUUCUUUGGUUCCAGCCCCAGCCCUGGAUAGGCAUAUCUUCAGAAGAGGUUUGGAAUUAAAUGCAGCCAAGGGUUGUUUGAUAUUUCUGCUUCUAACCACAAGCUACAGGGGUGGGGGGUAGGGGGGCAGGUAGCAGGCACUGUUCUGCUUUGCUGUUUGUCUCCCAAGGUGUACCUCCUGUUUAUAAAGAGCUUGUUCUUCAUGUUUUGAGCACUUUAUGAAGAAUAAAAAGUUCACAUACUCCA